AUAAAGUAGAUGACACACGAUUUACGUGGAAACCCCAAAUCGGGGAGAAAACCACGGCCGCUCAACAACAGCUCCCAAACUUCCACUAAUCACCAAGAAUCAAGUGGGUACAACAAGUUCUCCUCUCUAGUAAACACUAGAGGCAUGCACAAUCAUUAAGGAGCAACCUUGGAACAACAACAAUCAACAAUUCACUAUAAAAUGGAGUAAAGACUCCCAAAAACGCAGGUCUGAAAACGCAGCUAGAAAACAACCUUCCGAGCAUCAAAAUGAGAAUCUGACCGUUGGAUUUGAAGAGAAGUAUGUGAGGAACAACAUACUAAAAUUUGAGCACGAUCGGACUUCGUUUGACCUUCGAUCCGGACAGAAAACGGGGCUGCUGCACACCGGACGUUAACAAAAAGCAACAACUGCUUUUGUCCUUUCAAUGUCCCCCCUAUUCGGAAACAAAGGGAAACGUUUUGUAUGUUCUUUUUCUUCCUCCUUGUGCUAGAUUGUGGAUCCGGAUCAUUGAAUACUCUGAUCAGCAGAGAAUCCUGUUUUGUUUUCGAUCCGGAUGAUUUCACUCUGAUGUGUGUCAGCGCAGGUGGAAUCGGUCACCUACUCCCAUCAAUUUCAACUCUUCUUGAAAUUGGGGUUUCUUGAAGGGUUUGUGUCCGCAAUUGAUGAUGGAGCAGAGGCAACUGGGGCAUCUAAGAUGAGUUUCGAUUGAUGAAGGAAAGGGGUUUGAUGGGGAUCUUAUUCUGCAAGAUUCAUUCGCCCUUCAUUUGCUUCUGCAAGCCAUCUGCUCCUCCCUGUUGUCUCUACUCUCAACCCCAGCUGAAGUUGGGAAGUACGCCCCGCGUUCCUUCUUCCACUGUUGUUGAUGCUGAUGGCACUGUGGAAUUUACUGGAGAGGCCGGUGAGGUGAAUCCGCCACAAAGGAUCAAGCAAGCUGCCAUUAACUGUUGUCGUAGAAGCUGCAUUAGAAAAAGCGGCAUGCCAAAGCAGAUCGAGAAGAAGAAGAAGAGUGUGCAGUGGGUGGAUAAAUUGGGGCAAGAACUUGCUGAGAUCAAAGAGUUUGAGAGCAGUGAAGCGGGUGACACUGACAAUGAAGAGGCAGGCCGACGCUGUUUUUGCAUCAUUCUUUGAUGUUGUUAACCACGGCUUCAUCCGGAUGGCUACACUCUUAGCUGGCCAUAUCUCUGACAAGAAGAGUAGAUCAGGUACUGGGAAAUUGGAGAACUGUAAAGCUGUUCAUCUUUGUGCGCAUUUUGUUUUGGAUUCUGUCCACAAAAUAAGAACUUCAGUUGGAGUCAGAUCUCAAGUGAAAUAUUUAUCGAAGGGUUUCCAUGCUAAACCUUAAUUGUGGAGGUGAGCUUCCUACAUCAGCUUUUUGCUGCUGUCAUGCAGUGCAGUCAAAUGAAGCUUAGAGAUCUGUUUGUACAUUUGUACAAUUAUUAGGUUUAUUCUGUUUUUAAAAUCCUUGGCGAUCCUUCAUUUAAGUGGAUGAUUGUUAUUAGCCUGUAUUGAUCAAGAGCUCAGGAGAUUCCUUUGUUGUAAAACUUGAUUCCUCUGAUCCAUAGCCGCGAGGCGGACUAAGAUAUUCAGCUUAUGGCAUCCGGAUUAGCGCAAUGGCUGCCCUUACUGAAAUGUACAAGUAAUGAAUGAACUAAUUCCCC